CCUCUCCCAGCCCUGCGUUCUCCUCCUCCGUCGUCCUCCGUCCUCUCAUGGCUGUGGAGGCCAGCCUCCGGCCUGUGGUGGCCCCCGGCCCCCGGACACGAUGAGAAGUGUGGAGCUCAGGCAUGUGUGUUCCUUGGACAGUAUGGAGCCGUCCAUCCAGCCAACAAAGACUGAUCAGUCCACCCAUCGGGCCGUCCAGGCUGCUGUUAGUGCGGCCAAACAUCAGAAACAGAGACCCAAAAGCCUGUGCUCGGUGGGGAACGGACUUACCACCAGCCCCAAGGCCGACCCGGGUCCCAGCUCUCUCGGAGGAUUGUUGGACCUCCUGAAGCAUCGGUCUGGGCGGAAGUGUGAGCCCCAAGGCCGUCCACCAUGCAACGGGACGAUGGGUUCCCCUCGGCCUUUUAGUAUGAGUGUUCUGGAUAUAAACCGUCUGAGUGGAGCUCCGGGGGCGUCUUUCUCCAGGAGGGAGUUCAGCCGCAGCUCCGGCUUCCUACGCGGUUCGUCCAUCUUCAGCAGCCAGCGAUGGAACGUCUUCGGGAACAAAACACCGGAACACAAGAAGAACCUCUCCUCAUCUCUGCGCAAAAGUUUCAGCUUCAGACUCCGGCGUUCGUCAGAGACCAGGAAGGAGGGCGAUUCCUGCCGAUCGCGCUGCCGCAGUGAAGACGACUCGUAUUCCUUGCACACCGCGCCGUCACGGAAGGAUCUCCGGGUCCCCGACGCUCCGGCCAAUGAGAGCAAGGAAAACAGAACCAGUUUUUGGAGGUUACUCACCAGCCCGUUCCGUAAGAAGGAGUACGCCACCAAUGAUGGCCGACACCGAGGUGAUGGGGGCAGGGCGGCCGAGCCGGUGCUGGUGGCACUAUCCUGCACUGAUAACCAAGGCCUUCUGGAUUCCUUUGUGAACAGUCAGGAAUGGACUCUGAGCCGCUCCGUCCCCGAACUCAAAGUGGGAAUUGUGGGGAAUCUCUCCAGCGGGAAAUCUGCAUUGGUUCACCGAUACCUGACCGGAACGUAUGUCCAGGAAGAGUCUCCAGAAGGUGGUCGGUUUAAGAAGGAGAUUGUGGUGGACGGACAGAGUUAUCUUCUGCUGAUCAGAGAUGAGGGGGGGCCCCCGGAGAUGCAGUUUGCUGCCUGGGUGGACGCCGUCGUGUUUGUCUUCAGCCUGGAAGAUGAGAUCAGUUUCCAGACCGUCUUCAAUUAUUACGCCCGUCUGUCCAGUUGUCGCAACACCGCCGAUGUUCCUAUGGUGCUUGUAGGGACACAAGAUGCCAUCAGUGCAACCAACCCGCGAGUGAUUGAUGACACCCGAGCCCGGAAACUGUCCAAUGACCUGAAGCGCUGCACUUACUAUGAGACCUGUGCUACGUAUGGCCUGAAUGUGGAGCGCGUCUUCCAGGAUGUGGCUCAGAAGGUGGUCGCCCUUCGUAAGAAGCAGCAACUUUCCAUUGGUCCUUGUAAAUCUCUCCCCAAUUCCCCAAGCCACUCCUCCGUGUCGGCUGCCACCAUUCCAUCCAUGCACAUUAACCAGGCCACCAAUGGUGCCGGAACAUUCAGUGACUACUCCUCCUCCGUUCCCUCUACUCCCAGUAUAAGCCAACGUGAACUGCGUAUCGAGACCAUCGCAGCCUCCAGUACACCAACCCCAAUACGCAAGCAAAGCAAGCGCCGUUCCAACAUCUUUACAUCUCGGAGGGGCGCAGAGGUGGACAGAGAGAAGAGAGCCCCGGACUGUAAAUCUGAGAGUGUUGGCAGUGGAAGAGCCAUUCCUAUCAAACAGGGUGUUCUUCUGAAGAGAAGUGGGAAAUCUCUGAAUAAAGAAUGGAAGAAGAAGUACGUGACGCUGUGUGAUAACGGAGUGCUGACCUAUCACCCGAGCCUGCACGAUUACAUGCAGAACAUUCAUGGCAAGAAAAUCGAUUUACUGAGAACCACGGUGAAGGUUCCGGGAAAGAGACUUCCGAGAGCCGGAGGACCCAACAGCCAAAUCCAGGGACAAACGGGGGGCACACUUUCCACCAACUCUUUGUGCUCGGAGCGCUCUGUCAGUGGUCUCAGUCUAUCGACGUUCAGUGGGAAGAGUGAUGGGGUCAGUCUGACCCAGAGGUCUUAUUCCGUCUGUAGCGGGGAGCAGUGGGGUGACACAGCAACAGGUUUCUCUCCAAGUGAUUCCCUCAGUCCAGCUCCAAAUUUUGGGGGCACAGCAAGUCCCAAACUAGAUCCUCCACCUUCUCCUCAUGCCAACCGCAAGAAGCACCGCAGGAAAAAGAGCAGUGGCCCACAGCGUCCAGAGGGGGCCCCUACUACGGGAGAGGAACCAGAAGAAUCGUACGGCUUUGUGAUCGUCUCGUUGACCGGCCAGAGUUGGCACUUCGAAGCUUCGGUGUAUGAAGAUCGGGAACUUUGGGUUCAGGCCAUCGAAAGCCAAAUCCUGGCCAGUCUGCAGAGCUGUGAGAGCACCAAGAAUAAGACACGGCUCGGCAGUCAGAGCGACGCUCUCGCCAUUCAGUCUAUCCGGAGUGUGAGGGGGAACAGCUUGUGUGUAGAUUGUGACACUCCCAAUCCGGACUGGGCCAGCCUAAACCUUGGAACGUUGAUGUGUAUAGAGUGCUCGGGAAUUCACCGCAACCUUGGGACACAUCUCUCUCGCGUGCGCUCUCUCGAUUUGGAUGACUGGCCGGUUGAACUUACUAUGGUCAUGAUGGCCAUUGGGAAUAGUCUGGCCAAUUCUGUGUGGGAGAACUGUACAGAGGGGUACAGCAAGCCGACCCCGGAGAGCUCCAGGGAAGAAAAGGAGCGGUGGAUUCGUGCCAAGUAUGAGCAGAAGCUUUUCCUGUGCCCCCUGCCAGUCUCUGACGUGCCCCUGGGACAGCAGCUCCUGCGAGCCGUGGUGGAGGAUGAUUUGCGGGUGGUGGUGACGUUGCUCGCUCACGGUACAAAGGAGGAGGUGAACGAAACGUACGGAGACGGCGAUGGGCGCUCGGCGCUUCAUCUCUCGGCAGCAAUGGCCAACGUUGUGUGCACACAGCUUCUCAUCUGGUACGGUGUGGAUGUGAAGUGCUGUGAUGCUCGCAGUCUCACUCCGCUUUCAUAUGCUCGUCGCGCUGGCAGCACGGAGUGUACGGAUAUUCUCCUCCAGUAUGGCUGCCCCAGUGACAGUUCAAGCCCUGCCCUGUAACCCCUGAGGACUCACGUGACACGACGCGGCGUUCCCGCUGGUGACCUGGCUCUGGCAGCCAUUUUUUAUUUUGUUUUAUUAUUGAUUCUCAGGAUUCAGGACUAUACCUCCGUGUCCCUGUGCUGACCCUCCAUCACAUGUUCUUGCUGCUCAUUGUUGUACGUGUCGGUCCUGCAGAGCAGCGUAUGUAACACUAGUACAAUCCUUAUCUAGCGGCAUUAUUCAAUGUAUUCAUGGCAGUGACUAUGCACAGCCUUGUGUGCACGAGACGGUUCAUAAGAAGAAUCAUGGAACAUCAGUUAUUAACAGUGUUAAGGUACAAGAAGGUACGUCCUGCUGAUGGUGUUCCCGGAACGCACAACGCCGUCUGCUACUUGAAACGCGUAAUGUAUAGAGUGUUAGUAUCUUCAUCACCUUUACAUUUCUGAAUAUAUGGUUUUUCAUGGUACCGAUAGUUGGAUCUGUUUGCUGGUCUCCCGUAUCUCUAUAGAUAUGUAUAUAUGUAUUAUAUGUAUAAGACUGUUGGCUGGAUAACACUUUGUGGGGAUAAAUGAAGCAUUUUGUGUUUACAUACAUUAUAGUAUUCGGUAUUGUAUAUUUACUUGACGCACGUCUUCUCUGAGCUGGAAGAAGGUGCCGAAAUCUUGACUUGACUCGCAGGUUCUCUUCUGCAUUAAAUCUGAAGACACGUAUAUAGUAGUAGGCCUUUGUUAGCAGAUCUCCAGGACCGGGGGGGGGGGGGGUUCCUAGGUCUGACAUUUAGAAAGGUCUGUGUGAGGAUCUGAUACUUUCCUCGAAUGUUUAAUGAUUGCCUCCAGAAUUCUUCAUUAUCUCACCCAUCCGUGAGCCGACCUUCAGUAUUAGGGAAGUGGGUCUUGGACAGCCAGUAGGUUGGAGCUCCUGGGAACAUCAAGUGAGAUGGAUCGGGGAUAGACUUCCUGGUCUGGUGGUAGACAUUGUAUGACAGACCUGGAUUAGAGGAUAAUGUAAGGCAAACUUUCUGGUCAGGAGGUAGACAUUGGGUGACAGGCGUUUCGGAUUAGUGUUGCAUGUCGAGGGACAGAUAACCUGGUCUAGAGGUAGACCUUGUCAAGGGACAACAAACCUGGUUAGGCAGUAGCCAUCGAAGGCAGAACCUCCUGGACUAGAGAUAGAUUUGGAGUGAGAAAUUUCUUGGUUUGGAGGUAUACAAUGCGAGACAGACCUCCCGUAUUAGUGGUACAUGUCGAGGGACUGAUGACCUGGUCUAGAGGUAGACCUUGUCGAGGGACAACCAACCUGGUUAGGAAGUAUACAAUUAAUGAAGAACCUCCUGGACUAGAGGUAGAUGUUGAGUGACUUGGUUUGGAGGUAGACAAUCCUCCUGUAUUAGUGGUACAUGUCGAGGGACUGAUCAUCUGGUCUGGAGGAAGACCUAAAAAGACAGACCACCUGGAUUAGAGGAAAAUGUUGUAGGACAAUAAUCCUGUUCAGGUGGUAGACAUUGUGGGACAGACCUCCUGAACUAGGAUACGUGUCAAGGGACAACCAACCUGGUUAGGAAGUAGACAAUUAAUGAAGAACCUCCUGGACUAGAGGUAGAUGUUGAGUGACUUGGUUUGGAGGUAGACAAUGUGAGACAGACCUCCCGUAUUAGUGGUACAUGUCGAGGGACUGAUAACCUGGUCUGGAGGGAGACCUAUAAAGACACCCCUGUAUUAGAGGUGAAUGUUCUAGGUCCGGUGGUAGACAUUGUGGGACAGACCACCUGGACUAGUGGUACCGGUCAAGGGACAACCAACUUGGUCAGGAAAUAGACAUUGAAGGAAGAACCUCCUGGACUAGAGGUCGUUUUUGAGUGGCAACCUUCUUGGUCUGCAGGUAGAUAUUUAAGGACAGACUUCCUGCACUAGAGGUUCAUGUUGAUGGACACAAUAUGAAAUCUGAAGCUCCUGAUCAAUGGCCACAAGAUGAAGAUGAAGAAAUAAAUGAUCAUGUUAAUGGACUGCAGGCAGAAGGGGUUCUGUAGAAACGGACACAGAAUGGGGGACAAAUGAAGGAGAAAGCAGAAGGUAAAUGAGACCUUCUCAGGGUACCGGGCUAACAACGAAUUGUGCCCAACACAGGAUAGCCAUUGGAGCGUGGGGUGAGGUGGGGACAGAGUAGAAAUGAAGAUGAUUCAUUGGUGAAUGGAUAGUACAUUUUUCUACAGUAAUGAUCCAAUCUGCUGGUCAGAGAGGACAGGGUAGAUUCUGUAUAGAACAUAUCUGGGGUUAUGGUCAGACUGGGGUUCUGUAUAUAUAGUUCCUGGUAUAAUGGUCAGGUUGUGUAGUAUUGUAUAUAUUAUAUCUGGGGUAAUGGUCAGAUUGGGUUUCUGUAUAUCUGGGGUAAUGGUCAGUUAGGGGUUCUGUAUAUCUGGGGUAAUGGUCAGAUUGGGUUUCUGUAUAUCUGGGGUAAUGGUCAGUUAGGGGUUCUGUAUAUCUGGGGUCAUGGUCAGAUUGGGGUUCUGUAUAUCUGGGCUUAUGGUCAGGUUUGGGUUCUGUAUAUUUGGGGUUAUGGUCAGGCUGGGCUUCUGUAUAUCUGGGGUAAUGGUCAGAUUGGGGUUCUGUAUAUCUGGGGUUAUGGUCAGAUUGGGGUUCUGUAUAUCUGGGCUUAUGGUCAGGUUGGGGUUCUGUAUAUCUGGGGUAAUGGUCAGGCUGGGCUUCUGUAUAUCUGGGGUAAUGGUCAGGUUGGGGUUCUGUAUAUCUGGGGUAAUGGUCAGGCUGGGCUUCUGUAUAUCUGGGGUAAUGGUCAGGUUGGGGUUCUGUAUAUCUGGGCUUAUGGUCAGGUUGGGGUUCUGUAUAUCUGGGGUAAUAGUCAGGCUGGGCUUCUGUAUAUCUGGGGUAAUGGUCAGGUAAGGGUUCUGUAUAUCUGGGGUUAUGGUUCUGUAUAUCAGGGGUAAUGGUCAGGUUGGGGUUCUGUAUAUCCGGGUAAUGGCCAGAUUGGGGUUGCUUGGCUUGGACAGCAACCCUAUCCCCACCUGUGAUUGGGCAAUGGCAGGGAAGUGGUACACGGCUGGGUCAUCAUUCUGCUCGAAUGACCGCAGUGGGCAACACAACGAAGUCUUAAUUGGCUAUUGAUGUGUUCUCCCCUCCUAUGAGCCUGCUGUACAGGGUGGAUAUCAGGACAGGUUUAGGUGUAUAUAUUUGAUGACCUCUUUAAUUGGCUGAAUGGUGCUUUUUAUAAUUAUUUAGUUAUUGCAGGCCUUCUUUUAGAAUGCUAGUUACCUGGCUGUGCUUGGUUUCAGUCCUUUCUGAUGCACUCUGGAAAUGAGGGUCAGAAUGUCUUCUCUAUCAUGGUUUCAGGUCUACAAUGGCGGAUCUCAUUCAAGACGGAGACAUUUCAACAAGAAUAUUCAUCGAAUCUUCUCAGGACUUGUCCUGUCUGUGACCAUUUUUUGGUCUUAUGGUUGGUGGGACAUUUGAUCCUGAUGAUGAUCUGAUCUUCACAAAUAUCUCAAAAACUUUCUUCAAAACCAAUUCAGCUCUGCCCCAAGAGAUAGGCAUGGACCUCCAGGUGGUUGCAUUCCUAAGAUCUUUCAAGGAUGGUGUGGGAGUCCAGGAGGUUGUAUACAUAAGAUCUUUCAGGGUUGGUGUGGGUGGGUGACGAGGAGGUUGUGUUCCUAAGAUCUUUCAGGUAUGGUGUGGGAGUCCAGGAGGUUGUAUACAUAAGAUCUUUUAGGGUUGGUGUGGGAGUCCAGGAGGUUGUGUUCAUGAGAUCUUUUAGGGUUGGUGUGGAGUUCAGGAGGUUGUAUACAUAAGAUCUUUUAGGGAUGAUGUCGGAGUCCAGGAGGUUGUAUACAUAAGAUCUUUUAGGGAUGAUGUCGGAGUCCAGGAGGUUGUGUUCCUAAGAUCCUUCACUGGUUUCCAGGACGAUUGUUGGGAAAUGUGAAUCAGAACGUGGUAUCUGAAGAGGACAAAUCAUGAUGUGGAAGAAUUUGUUUGUACAUUGUGUACAGUUUAUUUAUAUUGCUUUGUACAUACGCUGAGUUGUCUUGUGUAUGUGCUGUGAAAUAAAACUUGACUUCCUUAA